AUGGGGGAAAGCUUACCGGAGCUUUCGGGCCGGAUACGCACAUUUGUGCGCAUCCGCCCCCCGCAAGGGCGCGAGAAAGAUGCGGAAAUUGCGCUACGAGUGCCGUCAGCCUCUCGAGUGGAGGUUUCGGAUUCAGUACGGCGCCAUCGAUGGGCCUUUGAGGUAGAUCGUGUCUUUGGUCCGUCUGCUAACCACCAGGACAUAUGGGAGCCCGUAGAACGAUGUAUAGAGCGUGUGAUGGAGGGAUACAGCUGCUCGAUCUUUGCUCACGGGCAAACCGGUACAGGCAAGACGUAUACCAUGCUGGGACCAGAAAUAGUCAGGGGCUGCGGAUGCGCUGAUCCUAAAAUACAGCUCAGCAGCAAAGCUGCAAGACUCCAACUCAUCCAGAAACGACUUUCUUUAGCCAGCAGAGUGCGAAAUCGCUACGGAGAGGACAGCGGAGCUCACGUUAAGGUUUUCGCUUCCUAUAUCCAAGUUUACAACGAUAAGCUCGUAGAUCUGCUGGCAGACCCGAGCGCAAAGCCGACACCUCUCACCAUCAUUCGAAGCCCUACCAAUCCAACCGCCACUAUAGUUCAGGGCCUGCAGUUGUUUGAGGUCACCUCUUGCGAGGAAUUGUUGCACUUACUCUUGAGGGGUACUUUCUACAGAACCUUUCGGGCCACAAGAAUGAAUCCUAUGAGUAGUAGAAGUCACGCCAUCUUCCAGGUGGAGCUGAGGCAUUGCCUCCCCACAAACUCGGCAGUAUUCAGACAGGCCAGACUGAAUCUAGUGGAUCUCGCAGGCAACGAGCGCUGCGACCCCAUGAAGAGCGUUGGGAAGAGUCAUAUGGAAGAAAUGGGGGCAAUAAACAGAAGUCUCUCGGCUCUCAUCCUGUGCAUCCAGCAGCUCAACUCGGAGGGCUCUACUGUGUCAUUCCGUUCCUCGGCGUUGACGCGCCUACUGCAGGAGUCCCUUGGAGGGGGCUGCUUCACAGCUUUUAUAUGCACGAUCUCCCCCUCUUCCCUAUGCAUCCGUGAGACCCUGGCAACGCUGCGUCUGGCUGUUCGGGCCAAAGCAGUUCGCCUCUCUGCCAAACCUAAUAAGUUGACUGACAUGCCACACGUACUCCUGGCUCUCAAAAAGGAGGUCAGAGUGCUGCGUGAAAUGCUCGAGCAGGGCGCGAGUACCCCGCAGACCCAGCUGCAACAACAGCAGGCACAACAGCAGCAGAGGCAGAGGGAGGAGCCAGAUGAGGAACCAGAGGCAUGUCUCGCUGCUGUUGUUAGCUUAGGCACUCACGGCAGUCUGCGGCGUUGUUGUACCGCACUUCCUGGGAGCUUGCUGCGCCGUUCAGCUUCCUGUCCUUCGAGCCCAGCAAUGACACUUGAACGAGUGGAUAUCCCAUCUAAAAUCUUAGGAGCUCAAGGACUUCCCCAGAGAUGCACCGCGUGUGGAGAGCUGGCCCUUAGUACAGGGCCUCACAGCAGUGAAGGGUCUGGAAGCCCUUGUAGCACUGCCAAAAGAAUGACAUUGACUCCUACACCACAAAGUCACCAGUCGCUUAAACAACUCGAGAAACUUGAGGAAGAUCCGGCAGAAGAAAGUAACGCUGUUUGGGGGUCCCCGCAGAACGACGAAAAUCAUGAGAGGGGCUCGUGGAAGCACAAAACCACUCGGACGCAGUGGAAGGAAGCAGAGGCAGCAGCGGAAGCAGUAGCACCUCCAGGACCGAUAGACGUCAUGGAUCCUGAGCCUGCUUCAAGGAAAGAAACGUCGCAAGGUGCCUGUAGCAAGGAGGACUUCUGUUGCUGCUGUGAGCAGCCCCUCGCACACCCCCUCACUCCACAGCACUCAGAAGAACAUGCAUGGGCUGCCGGUACAGAAGCGGAGGCAGACGCGAUAAAAGUCUCAGAGCCGCUCCAGGAGGUGCCGAAAGAGGUCGCGGAGGCGAAACCUGGAGCACAUGAUGCUACGGGAAAAGAGGGGGCUCUACUGCCAUCAAGCCUGUCGGUUGACGGUCCAGAUGAACGUGGAGGAGCAUAUACUACCGUCAACUCGGUGCAACAUGAGGAAUACCAACAGUAUCCGGAGGAACAGAAACAACAGCCAGAUGAGGAGCAUCAAAAACAUGUAAAAGGCACUGUAAUGGCCCGGCCAAGAUGUCACCGCGCCUCAUCCAUGCCCUCCACAUCAGCAGAAGGCGAGAGGGGAGCGGCAGAAAAACAGGAGAAUGGCGACCAGCAGCAGCCUUUCCUGAAGAGCUCAACGGAGGAGGGAAGCAGUGUCUCCGUCAAGUCAUGCGCUGCAUCAGAAGCAGCAACAACAGCAAUGGCAACAGAGCCCCAAUCCAGGAAGCGCACAGCUGGUGACGGUGGCUGGUGCAGGCGACAGCACAAACAGUCCAUCGGGCAUGGCAACAAUGGAUGGGAAACAUCAGCAAAAGUAGCAGCAGGAGCUUUUAAUUCUUGGGGAGAAGGCUUUCUUUUGCAGCAGCACCAACAAAUAUUUCACUCUCAGCAGCCCUUCACCGGUGGUGCCUCUUUUGGAAGGCUUUCUGCAUCGUUUUCCCCUCGCCUUCAGCAAGAAAACAAGCCACAGCAUAUUCUAAGCUUUGAUAGUUAUCCCGCAGGCACUUCUUUGAGGCAUUCGUGCAAAGCACACCCGCAGCACAAGCAAUGGCUUGACCUGCAACAGCCCCAGCCGCAUUCCACUCCAGAAACAGCCCCUUGGCUGUCGUCACCUGCGCGCCUACCGCCUGUGGGGCACAACCAACAGUGGCUAGGCCCUAUUGAAGGGGGGCGAUCUGUGGGAGGCCCAGUGGGAAGUCACAAUGAAAUCAAUUACACUAAUUGGAAACACCCCAGGGGAUUCAGCUGUGACAGUGCCCCACCGACCAGCACAGACGUUGCUACAGGAGACACGUCGGCCUUCCCAUCGACACGACAGUACAGGGGUGCUCCUCCGCGGGAAACUAGGCAGUACGGCGUGGCUGCGGAAGCCAAGAAGAGGCCAUACGCGGCAUCAAGCGCAAGUGCCAAGCUCAAGUCACACGGUGGACUGUCAGAGACGGAGGACUCAGCAGCUGCACCAGCACCGGCAUCAGUAGGGGAGGUGGGAAGGAGUCACAGCCCGCUGGUACCACGGCACCUGUUAAGCCCUCUACCGCUAUGCAGCAGCAGCAGUAAUCCGGCAGUAAAGACAGCAGCUGCUGCAAGACCUUGGGGACCUCACGCAUGGUGUAGUGAGAGCCUCUCUCACUUUCACGAAAGCCCACCACUUCAUCCACCUUUCUCUGCAACAGGGGCUGCACCUGGGAGCCUUGGCGUUUGCGAUGCAAUGCGACCAACUUUGUGCUGA